CUCGAAUCAAUCGAUUAUCUGUCAAUCAACCACAGAUAAUCAUGGCCAAAUCCAAAGCCGCCAAGCGCAAGCGCAAUGCGCAAGUCGACCUUCCACAAAAAGCGCCAAAGGCCGCUACUACGCUGACACCGCCUCCUGAUGGCGAGCCCAAGCACCUCAAAACGAUUGUCCCCGACGAGGAUCUCGAGAUCACCAUCGAAACACUCACGGCUCUCGCACAAUACCCAAGCCUGACCAAGUCGAAGGCAUGCAGGGACCUGCGAGCUGCGGUCUAUGACUUCCGCCAAUCCUGCACCACGGGGGCUAAUGCCGCUGAGGGUGCAAACUUGACAGCACGAAUCACCGGUGCUCUGGCCGACGAGAAAUACAUCGACGCCAAGAUCCUGCUCGCCGAGAUGAGAAUUCGGGGCGAACAACCAAAGAUCGGAGCCUUGUGUCGCUGGGUACGGGAUCUGGACGUCGUCAGCGGUCUCUCAACGCAACCCGAUGCAAUCGAUCGUGUCCCGCUGGAGCGCAGCGCAAAGGACAUGGAACUGCUGGGUGUCCUCGAUGCCAUCCUGCGCGUCAGCACCCCAAUCGACACCAACCCAAAAGCCGUCGACUCCACCUCUCCCAUCGCCUUCCAAUCCAUCUGGGACCUCCGCCCCUCGACGGCACCACUCCCCGUCUACGCCUCCGUCCUUGACAAAUCUAUUCUAGCUGACGCGCCCAAGUCACCAUCCGCCCUCCGCGUCAUCGAAACAACCCCCGGCCCACUCCGCAAGCCUCCGAAUCACCAUCCUGCCAUCCUGUACACCACCACCCCGAACGCCGUCCCGCUCGCCCCCGUCGGCCCAACCAUAACAUACCACCCACAUCCCUCCGUGCCAGGCCUGGGCCUGGCCCUAAAUGUCCUCUCCACCGCCGAGUGCAAAGCAAUCAUCGCGGCCGGCGAAUCCGUCAAUUUCCUACCAGAUGCGCCCCUCCGCGAAGACGGCGAUAUGAGUAUCCUCGCACACAAUUUCUACUGGGUAGUCGACACUACUUUCCACGACAUGCUCUGGGCACGUAUCUCCCGUUACGUACCGCAGUCUAUCAACGGUCGCUUAGCCCGGGGUAUCAAUCGACGCUUCCGCGUAUACCGGUACGUUCCCGGCGCCGAAUACCGGUGCCACAUUGACGGAGCCUGGCCGCCGUCCGGCAUCCUGCCCGACGACACGUAUGUGUACGACGCCUCGCCGGAGGACAAGAGACAAAGCUCUAUGUAUACCUUCCUACUCUAUCUAAACGAUGAGUUCGAGGGCGGAGAGACAACUUUCUUCAUGCCCGCUGCGCGGGAAGGAACCCUCAACGCGUACCCGGUGCGACCUGUCAUGGGAGCCGUUGCGAUUUUCCCGCAUGGAGAGGCCAACGGGGCCUUGUUACAUGAGGGAACUGGGGUAAGAAAGGGGGCGAAGUAUAUUAUCCGGACUGACGUAGAGUAUGAUGUUAAGCCUUGCGAAGAGUAAUCAUCGUUUCUGUAUAAAACGAAUUGUGGGUACUUUGGCGAGAGCUAGGCCUCAUUAGGUAUGGUGUAUUAAAUCACUAUUUCAUCGACACUUUGGCAUCGCCCAACCGGCCACGCAUAUUUUCUUUAUUUCCACUCGCUGUUGGAUCGGCUCCAGUGCUUCAUAGAUUCAGCGACUUGUUUCGCUUUGAUUACUUGGCCAAAUAAAGGCUAUAUACUUAAGUCUACAGCGUGUUCCCUCAUCUUGCCAUUCUCGAUGCGGCCGAUCUACCAGUCGACUAGUAAAAUAUGUGCAUAUAGUCAUAUAUAUGUUUCCGUUUAUCAAUAUAGAAAUAAAUAUAUAUGCAUGGGAAUUGCUCUAUUGCUCGAACGAUGAUGCAGCUUAUCAUUCGCACCGGCACGCUAGAAAGGCCAUGGCCUAGUAGACUUUU